AUGUCUGACUCUUAUACUGUGCCCCUCGGAGCUUUGACUCUAGGAUCCCUUUCUUAUUGGACAUAUUUCCAGCGCGGCGAGCAUUUCCUGUAUGCAGUCCAGUACAUACAGGGAUUUGCCAUAACGGUCCUAGCUGGUGCCAUCUUCUUCUCACAACAGGCCGAUAUCUCUUUCCUUGCAUCCCUGUCACACAGCAUUCGAUUAUCAGCUAUCUUCCUCGCUGGCCUAUAUGCCAAUUGUGCUUUUUACCGGCUCUUUCUGAAUCCACUAAACAAGUUCCCUGGUCCAUACUUCGCUCGUUUGACUAAAUUUAAUCACUGUUUUCGCAACGCUGGUCUUGAUGCUUACAAACAGUUUCUCAACGACCACCAGAAGUACAAUACCAAAUUCUUGCGCAUCGGUCCAAAUGAUCUGUCUGUAGUGGACGUCCGAGCCGUUCAGAUCGUGUCUGCUGCAGACUCGAAAUGUGUCAAAAGCCCUUGGUAUCAAAACGACUAUCCUUUGAUCUCACUGCACACAACAAGAGACCGAGCCAUGCACCACCGCCGCCGACGAGUCUGGGCGCCAGCCUUCAGCGAUAAGGCACUCAGAGGCUACGAGCAGAGAGUACAGAGACUUAACGAUCUGUUGAUUACAAAGCUCGACGAAAGUAAAGGAAGUCCCCUGGAUGCAACCAACCUGCUCAACCUAUACUCAUUUGACACCAUGGGAGAUCUAGCCUUCGGUAACGAUUUCGGUAUGCUAGAGAGUGGGAAGCCACAUUGGGCGAUCAAGCUCUUGAAUGAAGGCAUGGAUCCCCUAGGCCUGCAACUACCUGUGUGGUUCUUUAGAACGUUGGCUGCUAUACCUGGUCUCGCAGCUGGGUACUGGAAAUUUAUCGCCUUCUGUACACAACAACUGGAGAACCGUAUUGCAGUACACGGCAAGACUGACCCUAACAAGCCUGAUAUUACACAGUCGUUGAUUGAUCACUACCUCAAGUCGUCACCUGAAAACAAGAAGGAACUUUGGCCUAUGCUUUGUGGUGACUCGCGGCUCAUCAUCGUAGCGGGAAGUGAUACUACGGCAGCUACCUUGUCGUACUUGUUCUACCACAUCGCUAGCAAAAAGGAUUGGCAGGAGAAGUUGCGGAAAGAGAUACAAGACAUAAAGGCGUCGACAAAGUCUACAGAGCGAACUAUCGCUGAUCAAUCACUUAAGGACGCUCCCGUCCUCAAUGGCAUGAUCAAUGAAGCCCUAAGGUUGAAUCCACCCGUGCCGUCUGGUGUGUUCAGGCAGACUCCACCUGAAGGUGUCACCAUUGGGGAAACCUUUAUUCCAGGCAAUAGUGUCAUCCAGAUCCCUACCUACGUUAUGUCGCGGUCCGAGGACAACUACGUCGAGCCUGCGCAGUUUAUGCCAGAACGAUGGUCCUCGAGACCAGAGCUCAUCAAGGAGAAAGACGCAUUCAUUCCCUUCUCGACUGGACCUUUUGGCUGCAUCGGCAAGAAUCUGGCGUACAUGGAAAUCCGAACAAUUACUAGCCAAAUAAUUGAUCAGUUUGACGUCAGUCUAGCGCCAGGCGAAGAUGGCAGAAAGUUGGUUGAAGAAGCGGUGGAUCAUUUUACUCUAGGACUGAAGCCUCUAAUGCUUGAGUUCAGGAGGAGAAAUUGA